AUGUCUUCGGCAACGACAACAGCGGCGACGACGGGAAGUGGUGAUCACACGGACAGCGCAAUCAUCGCCAUCAAUGUCGUUCUCGCGGUGAUAGCCACCGUCACCUGUGUCGGGCGGUUCUGGGCACGAAAACUCACGGGCGUCGGAUGGGGUUUGGACGACUGGCUGGCGCUUGCUAGCUUGUUUAUCAAUCACGCAUUCUGUGCCACCACUGUCGAAGCCACAGUCAACGGCGGUCUGGGUCGAAGCAUUGUUGUGGUGAUGGCUGAGGAUCCAGCCCAGCUUAUCACGUUUCUGAAGUGUGUCGUGAUCGCGGAGUUCUGUUAUGGCUUCUCCUCCCCGCUGAUCAAGCUAUCUUUGUUGGCAUUCUACUGGCGCGUCUUCCCGACGUCGUUCAUGCAGAAGGGAAUCUACACGCUAUCGGCGGCUUGCCUUGGCUGGAUGAUUGCAAUCUUCAUCACCAACUGCCUGCAGUGCCGACCGCUGUCUUACACAUGGGAGCAGACGACAAAUCCCGGCACGGGUACCUGUAUUGACCUUAUCCUCUACUUCGUGGGCAACUCGAUUGCCAACAGCCUCAUCGACAUUUUGACGCUGGCGCUGCCGAUUCGCGAGACCAUGAAGCUGCAGGUCAGCUCGAGCAGGAGAGUGGGCAUUUGCUGCGUCUUUGCUCUCGGCAGUCUAGUCGUCGUUGCCAGUCUGGUGCGUUUCGGCUCGCUGGCCUCCCUCUACUCCAUCGGCGUAACGGACAUGACACAGCAAUACGCCCUCAUGUGGACCGCCACGGUCGUGGAAAUCUACAUCGCCAUCAUCGGCGCCUGCGCAGUCACCCUCGUCCCCGUAUACCGCAAGAUUCGCUACGGCACGCCGUGGUCGACCGGGGACCAGAAGUCGAACCAGGCUUCAUCGGGUGCUGCAGCCUUCGCGGGAACCGGCGGGUCCCGUCCUGGUAUUCACAAUUUCAAGCGUACCGCGAACCACGAACGUCUGGAGACGGGCAACGAUUCGGAGGAGUAUCUGCACCGUGGCAGCAACAUCAACUACUCGGUGACGGGGAGUGCCAAGCGAGAGGGUCGUGGCGAUGACAUGCCGAUGGACACCAUUGUAAUGCAAAAGGACGUCACUUGGGAGGAGGAGCGCGAUGUGAAGCAGCAUGUUUAG